AACUUCAACUACCACUCUCAUUGAUUUUAUUUUGUCCUCCAACACAAGUAGCCAAAUUACGUACACAGGCACGCGCAGUACUUCUUCAGCUUUUAUGUGAAACAAAGAGUGGGUGCCUUCUACUGAGAAGACUUGGGAUUUCACAACGAGAAGAAAGCAUAAACCCAGCUGAUGGUGACGGGAACGAUUCGAAUCCCCAGCAUUGCCAAAUUUGUGCAACAAAACUUUGACUCAUCAGAAGCUUUGGCAAAGCACUUGACGCCUGUCAAGUUUACAGAAAGAGAUAGUCUGUAUUUGACACCGGCAAUUCUUUGUUUCCGUACAAGACCACAAAAAAAAAAAAAAAUGAGCCUGAAACCAAAUCAGAGGCCUUCGUUCUUCAAGAUCCUGAUCGUGGAUUUCACUCGCCGACUUCGUGUGCCCCCUGUUUUCUCGCAGAGAUAUGGGUCGGCUUUGGGUGGAAGCGUCAGGUUGAGAAACAGUUCCGGGAAGAUUUGGUUCGUGAAGUUGGAGCAGAUGGAUGAGGACGAGCGAUAUUGUUUCACUCAGGGCUGGAAUAAAUUUGCUGAAGAAGUUGGCCUGGAAGUGGGGGAAUUUCUGGUGUUUCGGUUUGUUGGCGAGUCCAUGUUUGAUGUUUCGGUGUACGGAGUCCAUGGCUGCGACAGGGAAAUUCCAGGCGCCGGAUUCCAGGUCGAGGACUUUGAUCCUGAUGAACAAGUUGAGUUGAGAGAAGAUGUCCCAAAUGUGAUCAAGAAGAAACAAUCAAGAGCCGGAAAUGCUCGCACAUCUGAAUCCGAUCACUCCCAAGAAGAGAAAAGCCCACUUUACUUUGAAAUUCUUCUGAAGUUUCAUCACAGAUCAAGAGUGUCUCCUCCCAAGAAAUUCUGGAUGGCGGCCGGUCUGUCUGUCCGGCGAACUGUGGGUGUUGUGUACCUGCCCAAGCACCAUUAUCAGAUUGUGAAGCUCGAUCAUAGGCCAAAGUACAGGAUUGACAUAACCUCUGGCUGGUCUGAAUUCCGGAAGGCAAAUGGAUUAGUCUUUGGUAAAACCUACUCGUUUGAGUUCAAAAAGAUUGAUAAUCACAAGAAAGUAAAAUAG